CCCAUCGAGGUUAGUGCUCAUCGUUGCCCAGUCAAUUCAAUCAAUCGUCAAAGCUUUACAGAACUUCUCAUCAGUGCUUGACCGGCAAACACCUUCCGAGGACUCUCAUCAUCAUCAAUGGCUACAAAAGUGUAUAUUGUGUACUACUCCAUGUAUGGACAUGUAGAGAAGCUAGCUGAAGAGAUAAAGAAAGGGGCUGCUUCUGUUGAAGGAGUUGAAGCCAAAUUAUGGCAGGUCCCUGAGACUUUGCAUGAAGAGGUGCUCGGGAAAAUGAGUGCACCUCCUAAGAGUGAUGUACCAAUAAUUACACCAAAUGAUCUCUGCGAAGCAGACGGAUAUGUUUUCGGCUUCCCCACAAGAUUCGGUAUGAUGUCUGCCCAGUUUAAAGCGUUUUUUGAUUCUACCGGUGGUCUUUGGAGAACACAGCAGCUUGCCGGCAAGCCUGCUGGUAUCUUCUAUAGCACUGGAUCUCAAGGUGGUGGCCAAGAAACCACUGCUUUGACCGCCAUCACUCAAUUGGUUCACCACGGAAUGAUCUUCGUGCCAAUCGGAUACACAUUCGGAGCCGGCAUGUUCGAAAUGGAGAAAGUGAAAGGUGGAAGUCCUUACGGCGCCGGAACUUAUGCCGGAGACGGAUCUAGACAACCUUCCGAGCUCGAACUCGAGCAGGCGUUUCACCAGGGAAAACACAUCGCCACCAUCACCAAGAAACUCAAGGGAGUCGCAUAAUCCAUUUUUGCGAUCUCGAUACAAAACUCAAGAAGGAUUACAUUGUUUUCUUUUUAUAGUUCCAUUUCCAUAUAUUUCUAUGUGAUUGCAAAAAAGGGUGGUUGUUCUUUUAAACACACAUUUGUAUGUCUUUUAUGUUGCUAAAGUUGUAAUAUCUUGUAUCCUUCAUUCAUAAGAACCAAUAAAUAUGCUUGUUGCUCAUAUUACA